AGAAUACAAGAAACAAUCGAUCGCACAGCGCGGAGUUAGUUCUAUCGGUGUCGUGGUCCCAUUCGGUUCGGUUUUUUGGGGUCCGUCGAUGGAUUUUCACGCUGUGUGCCAGUGAGGAGACGAUUUGUUGUUGUUAGUAAUUUCCAAUCGGAAGCUAAACAUAAAAAUCCUAUUGGACUUCAAGCAGGCCUCGUUUUUUCCGUGGUGACCAACUUUGCUAGCAGUGGAUAUGCUGAUUCUGGCUGUGGUUGUGUGAGUGUCUAACAGCAUAAAACGGACACAGAUUGAAGUUUUGCUCUCUUGUUUGGAUUUUAUUCAUGCUUGUUUUCUCUGAAAUACAAGUGCAGGAUUGCCAGAAGAAGUAAAUAUAAACAGUAGCUAAAUUCAAGUGUAGUUAGAAGACAAGCAUCAGUUGCUGGCAACAUUAAACUCGCUCUCGCAAUUUUCUUCGGAUCGCGCUCUCUUGCUCUACGCAUGAGAGCAUAGACUGCAAAUCGAAAUGAAGAAAGAAGCUCAGCAGUCCAGCAGCAGCAGCCUAGAGCAGAUUGGAAGUUGAACUCGUCAGAGUGAAACGUGAGUGCGCGGAGUGCGACCCGUGCCGUGGUGACUGCGUCAUAAUUCUGUGACCACUUGGAGUUGGCAAAUCUGUAGAAGCUUGAAGUCUCCCCAGGCGGCCACGCUAGAGCAUCCCAGUAGUGAAGGAAAGUGUGACAGAUCGCAUUGAAAAUGUCUGUGUUCGACUCGAUAGAAAGCGGUUCCGAGCAGUGGUGAAAAUUUUGCGAAUCAAAACGCUAAGAAAAUUAAUCUUGUCGGCAGGCAGAAAAGAAAAAUCGAGGGUGCCGCUGCACCAUUAUUCUAGUGAGCAGCAGCAGGGUGUGUGUUUUGAUUUUUUUUUUGCGAGGAUUUAAGGAGCCAACGUUGGUCAGUUCAGUGGUGGCCACGAUAAACCACGAGUGUAUUCAAGUUUUGAGAAAGAUGCUUUGAGCUUCAGUCGAUUUGGAGUUAAUAAGGUCCUUAGCAUUGUGGGGUGUGUGCGUGUGUAUUGAUUAAAGGGCCACUAUUCUCGAGAAUUGGCCCCUGUGACAAGGAGCUUCUUAACCCCUGGCAGUGUAUGAUGUUGCUCUCCUGCUCGGGUGGAAAUCGCGAGUGAAGUGCGUGUGCCAAGGAUUGAACCGAAACGGAGUGAAAAUUAUCCUCUGCCACAUGGGAGUAGGAAGUGAAGAAAGUAAAGUGUUCCAAGCGUCUCCGGUGGUGUCUGGUGAAAAAUCAAUGUGUAAAAUUGUGUACUCUUCUCCGGCGGCGGCAGGGCAUGGCCAGUGUUGAGUAUUUGCAUGUGUAGAAAAAUUGUCCCGAAAAAGGUCCGAAGUUUGGGGAGAAGCAUCCAUGUUGUGACAGCGGUCCUGUGAACUGUGAAGGAAGAAAAGUGAGCGACCGGACCGAGUGUCACAGCAUCCCCAAAGCCGGAAGUACACCGAACCGCUUGUUGGCCUGUCAAAUCCGGUCAUUUUUUCGUUUUCGGAUCCGAUCCGGCGCAAGUGAGCUAGCUUAUAGCUGCCAUCAUGGAGCAACCAACACCUUCAUUCCUGGUCGAGCUGCUGCACUCGGUGCCGCAUAUCAACAUCACCCUGCACCGGGUAAAUGACACCUUCAACCCCAACAGCACCAUCUAUGUUGAGAGCCUCGGUAUAUUGGCAUCGAUCCCGGCCGCCCUGUUGAUCAUCUCGCUGGUGUUUCUGCUGCUCUAUCUGCUGACGCGAUGCUGCGAUCGGAAACCUCGGAAGCCCAAAUCGCACGGGUGCCAAAAGUGUACGCUGAUCUUCUUCGCCAUUGUUUGCUGUGCCGCCAUCGGACUUGGCCUGUACGGGAACGAUGACCUGCACAACGGCGUGCUGCAGAUUUUCGGUUCCGGCCGGAAAAUCGAACAGUUGAUACUGAACGUGAGAAACCAGACCGAGAUGGUGAAGCAGAAUCUCAAAUCGAAGGUUGUCCUGUCGGAGCUGGAGGCCAAGUUCGAGCAGCCACCGCAGCUGUACAAUCAAACCGCACAGUAUCUGCUGCAGGACACGGUCAAGAUGGUGAAGGACAACACGACACUGGCCAUCAACGCACUGGAAACCGUGGUCUACCUGACGAGGCCUUCUUACUCGGACAUGACACUGAAGAGUCUGCUGGAUACAUACGAAUUCUACGAAGAACUACGAUGGCCGGUUACUCUGGGAUUCCUGACCUUCCUGCUAUUGCUGUGCAUCAUUCUGGUGAUCGGAGCGACGCGGAGUUCGCGCUGUGCACUGAUCUUUUUCAGUGUCUGUGGCCUGCUGGCGGUCACCGUGUGCUGGCUUCUUUCCGGUAUUUAUCUGGCCAGUGCCGUAGCACUGGGUGAUUUCUGCAUGAAGCCGAACGAUUUUAUCUGCAGCCAGCAGAAACUGAAGGACGUCCAGUACACUUACUGCAGCUCGGUCGGCACAAAUCGGUACGUGCUCCGGUUGAAUGAAUCGAAAGACUACGUGGACCGGGCUAAGGAAUCCCUUGAGACGGUCACCCGUAUCGCGAUGGAUUUGUACCCGCGGUUCGAGAUGAGUUCGAAGAUAAACCGGCUGAACGGGGAACUGGACGACAGCAAGCGACAGUUGAUUGCACUGUCUGCGAUGGCCGACCGACGCACCGUGAUGGAACACUACGCCAAUGCAACACGAGGUCUCUGCGAGGGUGGUCUGCUGGGAUUGACGCUGAUGCUGCUGGCCAGUCUAGUGUCGGCAGCCAUUCUCAGCCUACUGGUGUGCGUCGAUUCGCACACUUGGAUCUAUCUGACGAAGAAACGACCUUACGAGGACAAAUCGGAAACGACACCACUGUUUCCGACCAGUACGGCGACGGCUUCCCCGUCGGCUCCGAUUACGUCCGGCACGAUGACAGUCAACCGGACGCUGCUGCAUGCACAGGCCGCCACGACCAAUGGGUCCACCACCGGUGGACUGAUUCCGAGCAGCGGCCGCAACGGGACGACGCACGGAUUGCGCGGGUUGGCAUCCUACAGUGGCGAUGAGUCACCGCCACCAGAUUAUAAUGUUGUGGUGCAUGAUAACAGAGCAUCCGGACAUCACACUUUAGGCCGGCUACCUUCGCAACAGCAGAACAACCUGAGCGGACCGAAUAACGGCAAAUACGCGACGCUUAGUAAACAGUGUAAAACGCUCGAAUCGAGCGAUUUCUACUGAGAAUCGCCUGCCUGCAAUCAGUCUGCAGGCAGUAACAAGUUAG